AUGAAUGUGGGGUCUGCUGGAUUCUACAGGGGAGGUAGGCUUUUAUGUCAAGAGUUUCAUAGUACUCUGAAAAGAAAUGGAGUACGAUAGUUGUAAAAGUGUCAUGUUGAAAUACUACGCCAACCUGAUGAAAAAAAGUUGUGAAAUUUUCUGUCAUUUCUUUUCACCCUCAUGCGAGAAAAACUUGGUUCGGAGUUUUUGUUUUUUGAAUAACUUGGUAGGAAUACAUCUUGGUAUCAAAUAAAGAUCCGGAAAGUUUAAUCUGUACAUCUCCUUGAUUGUCGUGAAAAAAAUUAUUAUUAAAAAUUAAAAAAAUUCCUGGAUAGUUGAUUUUUUUACCUGCUUUUCUCUGAUUUUUAAGGCCGUAGCUCUCGAAAAAAAUUGUGCAGUUCUGGAAUCAGAAUAGAUAAAUCAGAGAAUUCCUUUCAUAUUUCAUGCUGAUAUUGCUUCCCUUUCCAUGAAACCUUAUAUGAUUCCUAUUUCAUCGCAUAAUUGGCGUUUCAAGCCGUUAAACUCGGUUAAUAAUAAUUUUUCAAGAAAUGCCGACGGAAGUGAUCGCCAAGGUACUGCGACUGACCGCAGAAUCUUUUGAAGAAGCCGUGGAGGCGGCGUCGACAGUUCUUCUGCGCGGUGGAGUCGUCGCCCUCCCGACAGACACCCUCUACGGGCUCUGCACUUUGAUUCCCUACUGCGACCGACUCUAUUCGCUGAAAAGGCGACCAUUAUCGAAGCCUCUCGGCGUUUUUCUUCGUUCGCCCGGCGAUAUUCCCCUAGUCGCGCGGCAAACUGUCCCUUCGGAACUAUUGAACAAACUCUUCCCCGGCCCCGUCACAGUGAUCUUCGAGAGGACUGCCGACCUUCCGCAGCAGUUCAACCCAGGCGUCGCGAAUAUCGGCGUCAGAGUCGCGCCGACGUCUCUAGUCGCGGCGAUCUGCGAAAGAGUCGACCAACCCGUCGCCCAGACGUCGGCCAACGUCAGCGGCUCCUUGUUCAACCCGACCAGCACCGCCGACUUCCAGGACCUGUUGCGGUACAUCGACCUCGUGCUGGACGGUGGCGUCAUUCAGAACGAAAAAUGCCAAGCCAGCACCAUUGUCGACUUGACACUUCCUGGAAGCUACAAAAUCGUUCGCGAUGGUUUCCGACGCGACAAAACGGAAGAGAUGCUGAGUUCAUUUGGAUUGGAGUCCUGCCAAUGAGCCGUUUUCUCAUUUUUUAUUUAUCCUUGUUUUUGAUUAUGAGUCGUUUGGCGACAAUUUAAGCUUUUCCAAGUUCACGAUUCGCUCAGAAAAGUCGACUAGAAGCUCUUUAUUUCUUUUUAAUUUUUUUUUUGUGUUUUAUUAAUAAGUCGUAUAUAGGAGUUUCUAGCAAAUUUCGAGCUUCACUUUAUUUAAGGACUUGUAAAACUUUAUGUAAAGAUUGGCUCCAAAAAAAAGGCUUUAGGUAUUUUAUUCUGAUUUACGGAUAUUCAGAAGUUUUCUGAACAUGUUUUCAACUUUUGGCUUGGAAAUAUGGCUUUUGAUCGCUUAUUCAUCCGUCUUGUAUAUUUACAAAAGCUUUGAAAGUUUUUCGGGAAGUCUUUUGCCUUGGUUUAGAAGAUUUGAUAUUUCGGUUUCACACUUUUCUUUGAAAAAAAAGGGGUUUUUUCCGGUUAAAUUCAUGCAUUUAUGAUUAGUUUUCGUUCCGUUUUCUCUUCUGAAAAAAUGACGAAAAUUUGUUUCUUUUAAGAGAAGUAUUUCGAUAUUUUAUUUCGCUCUUUAAACGAUUCAUUAACAAGAGAAGAUCCUUCUGAUUUACUUGAUCUUGAAAAAAUUUAUUCGAAGCGAAUUUUGAAUCGAAUUGCUCCAUAUCUGCGUCAAUUUCUAUCACUUUUUAAACAGAACAACCUUGAACUCACCUUUCAAGCAUUAAUUUAUCCAUCAUCCUUUUUUUUGUUUUGUUUUGUCGAAGAAUCAGCUUUGAAUCACGAAGAUCUGUCUUUAUUAACUUUCAACUCCCAGGAGUUCAUGCGAUUGCUCCAAUUUCUAUUUUGUAAAUUUCCCUUUUCUCUUUGUUUUUAUUUAUGCUCGUCGUCGUUGAUUUUAUUGUUGUUUAUUGUUGAAACGGAACUAAUAAAUCAUUUCGUAGGUUAUGCGAUAGGAUGGACCCCGUCGAAGAGAUGGACGAUGUCAGAAGGGCGGAAACUGCGGAUGAAGAGGCUCCGAGUACGUCGGCGGCCCCACCAGUGAAAGGAUCCGAGGAGUUCGAGGAUUUUGUCAAUGAUAAGGUGAUCAUGAUGAGAAUUAUUCAUUUAUUCUGUUUGAAAAUCUUUGCUGGAUUGUUUAAAGACGCAGAAGUUUUCCAUAAAUUGUAAGAACUCUGGAAAAGUUUCCGCUGUUCAAUUUUUGAAUUCAACUUCCCAGCAAUGAUUCUUAAACUUCAUACUUUUGAGAAAAUCUAGGAGAUGUUUUUUUUUGUUACAUAUGCGAAAAACGAUUUUUUUAAAGCCAAGUAUUUUAAGUAAAUCUUAUUUCGCCAACUAAUCCAAUUACUAAGUUGUCGUAAGUAGAAAAGAAAAUACUGCAAUUUAUAAAUUUCUUUAAGAGUUUCAGUACUCUUUCCAGCUAUUUUUAAGAUUCUACCCAUCCUUUUCAUUCCGUUUAUUCACAACAGCUUGCCAGGGCUUUGAAACUUGAAAAGUGUUAGCGUAAAAAAGAAAAAUAGUUUUUUGCGCGGGAAUUCAUAAAAUUCUACGUAAGCUGUUGUGAAUGAACUAUUUCCACGGCUCGAACCUUUUUCAAUGCCUUCAGCAGCAGUCUAGUCGCGCCAAACGGAACUGGCAACUCUGCGCCAAGCGACUCAAAAUGAUUCUGCGACAGAAGGAGGAGGUCGCCGUCGACACCGACUUCAUCGAACUCCGACCUCUGCUGCGACUCGUCCGCGUCGUGCCAACUGGGGCGCCUGGCCGUCGCCGGAUCCUCAUGUCGCCUUCGUUGACCCUCGACGUAGUCGUGCCGAAGACGUCGUCGGUCUCAUCGCUUACCGGCUUCGACAACACGGGGAACGUGCGGAUCUGGCCCGGCAGCGAGAUGUUGACCUUCCUCGUCGCAACGGGACAGAUUAACCUGAAAGGAAAGCGGGUUCUGGAGCUGGGAGCCGGUUCGAUGGCCCUGCCCGGCUUCGCCGCCGCUCUUCUCGGAGCCGAAGUCAUGCUCACCGACGGGAACGAGCUUUCUGUCGAGAAUAUACAGCAAAUUGUCGACAUGAACUCCUUCCAGAAAACCCCCUACGUUAGAAAGCUUGUCUGGGGCGAGGAAGCCUCGGAUUUGCCGCAAUUUGACCUGAUUUUCGCCGCCGAUUGUGUAUUUUUUGAGCAACACCGUGAGAAUCUCCUCAAGACCAUCCAUAAGUUCCUCACGCCUCACGGAGUUGCCCUCAUAGCUAGCCCCGAGCGAAAAGGUAGCCUCAAGGCAUUUAGUAAGCUUGUCGAAGCGUUUGAACUGGUCUAUUCGGCUGACCACGCUUGUAAUAAGUUGAUUACCGAUUUGGUCUGGGACUUUGUCGUUAAAACUAAGAACCUUGAUGAGAACUUGCCCCGCCUUGGCCUGAUUCAUCGCGUUUGAUUGUAACUUUUUUUAAAAUAUUGAGCCAAGAUAAUGGUUUUUUCCCGGCGAAAAAUGUACUCUAGCUUAAAAUAAUGAAAAAAAUUUUUGAGAAGUGUGAGGUAAUUUUGCUAAGAAUCAGUUCUCAAGACGAAAAAAAAAUCUGGAAAGCUUUGUGAUUUUUUUUUCGCUCAUGCACCUUCAAUUUACUCCUCAAUUUGGGAAACUCCCUUUUUUGGCUCAGUUAUCUCGAUUUUUAAUUCAUUCCUUCGAAUUGCUGGCUUCAAACCUUUCACUUACGAUAUGUAUUUUAAUUUUGAACUUGAGCGUUUUUUGAUUGCAUAUUUCUUUAAUUCGAUUUUUUUAUAUCUACUUAAAAAAAUAGCUGUUUGUGAGAAUUGUUGUUCCAUUUUUAUCCAGUGCCUCGAAUCCACAGCAUUUCCUCGAAUUUUUUUGGGAUCUCGUUUUUUUGGAGAAACUUUUGAAUUAUUAAUUGAAUGUACUUAUUUUUCAUGGUUUUUCGUCGUGAUUCCUCGAAAGGAAUCUUUAUUUGGAUACUAACGUAGCGAAGCAAUAAAUUUUUACACUUUAGUUUUCGCAUGAAAUCAAUCGUUAUGCGGUUCAGAAUCUUUUUCGAAUAAAACUUUUUUUUCUAGAAUCCAUGAAAAACGCUCAUUUUUGUCGUUUAGGAAGUGAGCAAAGCGUUGCAUUAUGCGGUUAUUAAAACGGCGGACGAUGUUCUCGAAAUGGAUGGUAUGAAUCGUAUUUGGACGUUGAAGAUGUUGGCUUUUUUGAGGAAAUGAGGGGAAGACGUUUGACGACGAUUUGUUGGAAAGGGUGACGACGGUGGUUUGGGAGAAGGUGGUCGAAGAUUGGUCGACGGAUCUUCUGGCCUUUUCAGGGUAAUAAUAAAGUGAAAACUGAGGAGAUUUUAAUCAUUUCGAAAACAAAUAUCACGUGUUAUUGGGAAGUUAUUUAGUGGUCACUAUAGAGGCUCGACAAGGACUACUUGAAGGGGACACUAAAGUGGCCACUAAAAUCACCUCUAUAGUGGCCAAUAGUUUCCGUUUUAGUGGCCACUUCAGUAGUUUUUCAUCCAGUAAUCUUUUUCAUCCAGUAACUCUGAUAAUUUUUAAACAAACAGAUCGGACCAGUUAUUUUGAUCCAUUGACCCCUAGAGUGGCCACUAAAAUUUUUUAGUGGUCUUUUAUUAGCACUUAGACCUCUAUAGUGACCACUAAUUUUAACCCCUUAAGUGGUCACUAGUUUGACUACUAAAGUGGCCACUAAAACGUCGAAACCCCAUAGUGGCCCCUAAAAAUUUUCCCCGUUAGGGAUUUCCGCGAAAUUGAAAUUAUCCUUGAUAAAAAGUUAUUUAUCGUUUUCAAUUUCUUUUCAAAUUUGUGGGAUCGGUCUGAAUAAGCGUCAUUAAUUUUCAAAAGACGAAUUUCUGCCUUUCAAUGUUUUUCUGACCUUUUUCUCUUUUUCUAUUACUUUUUAUUUCAAUUUUUUGGUUGAAAAGUGUAAUUUACUCGAAAAAAUAGUAGUUGAAUGUCAAUAAAAUUGAAAGUACGCUUCAAAAAAUUUUUAGGUGUUCUCAAUAUUUUUGUGGUCACUUUUUUUUUCGAUUUUCUUAAGCCUAGUCUCUUUGACGAUUUUUCAACGAAGCUCUCUGUCCUUUUAGAGAAAAAUAAGCAAGAAAUAUUGGAAAUGGUCUUGAUUCAGCCACGCCGGCCGCCAAACUGUCAAUAUGGACGAUAUCGCCUUGUUGACGCGACGAAUUCCUGACGUGGUUUUCAUCGAAAAAUGUCAAAAAUCCAACUUUUGUUCUCCUACAGUUCAAAAUGGCUUGUCAAAUGGCUGGCGUCGAGUUUGAGAACAAGAAGGGACAACGGCAGAGGAAAUCGAAGAAUGCUGGUUAAAAAAAAAUUGAGAAGAACCUUCGAAACAAAAAUUUUAUAGAAAAGGCGGUUUCUGGAGUAAAAAGGCAAGCGGCUGAAGCUAAGGAGGAAGUUUUGAUGGUAAAAAAAAAGAACCUACGGAAAAAAAAACGAUGAAAUUCAGGAAGACAAGGAAGAUUUUCCCCUUCCGCCGAAAGUUGUCCCGUUUACUUCAACUCCGAGAGCUUCUACCAAGAAUCGGGAACGACUUGGGCCAUUAUUCAAUUCGAAUAUCACGCCGAUCCGUCCGAAUACUUCGAAAAUCGUGGAGCAGAUUGUGGGUAGAAAUUAUGGGAAGAGGAUUUUUUUGGAGUAAAAAUAAUAAGUGUCCCAAAAAUUUCACUUCGUUUUGGAAGAAGGGUUUUAAAACGUUUGAUAGGAGGUUUUAUUUUUUGAUAAAUGGAAUUUUUAGUCCCAAGAGUAUGCACUUAGUAACUCCAGUGUGGUCCCUAUAGGGGCAAAAUUAGGAGAUCUCGUAGGGUCCACUCUAGGGACCAGUUCACCAACCCCUACAGGACCCCCUGAAGCUUGGAAAAAUUUCAGUUAGUGGUCCUUAUAGGUGCCAUGCUAGUGGUUACUGUAGAGUUUCGUUUAUGUCCUCUUUAGGAAAGCAUGCUAGUGGUCCCUAGAGGGAUAAAAGUAAGAGGAGUCUGUUAAAACUUUUUUUAACGCCGUCGUCUUUUAAGCUUCGCCCCUAAUUGCACGAUAAACCAAUCAGAGAGUGAGCCAUCCACAGAGCGUUUUCGAAUGUCGUCAUUGGAAUUUGCAUUCAGAAUCUGAACAGACUUUUCAAACGUAUUGGAAGACUCCAUUAAAAUCUUUUCAAAGUUUCAAAAAUAAAUUUUUUUCUUCAUGUAAAACAGGGCUUAUCAAUAAAACUGCUAUACAUUCCGAAACUCAGAAAAGAGAAUUUUUUUGUGAUGAGCCUGAUUUUCUGUUUUUUUUUUUUCAGAGCGCCGAUGACUCUUUUGAUGACGAGGAUUGCCAAGUGGUCAUUGCAACUCCUACCAUUUUUAAACAAGAAUCGAAUGAAGACCCACUUGUGGGAAAAUUGGAAAGGACCUUGAUUGAGGAAGAGAAGGUUUAUUGAUGAAUGACCAUGCUUAAAAACUGAGAACUUUGAAAAAUUUAGACGAUGCGGGAUGCAAAAAAUGAACUUCCUACCUCUUCGAAACAAGUUCCAGAAGCUGGAGAUCAAGUUGAUAAGAAGGUAAAAAUAGACGAGUAGUAUAUCUGAAGUCUAAAGAUUCUAGAAUUUGAGGAUUUUUAAAAGAUCAUCGUGGAGAAAAAAAAUUUUUCAUUUAUAUUUUUAAGGAGGACGAUCCAUCAAGGUCUAAUAGUCCCGACUUGUUUUCCGAGUCCAAAAAAUCAUCAAAAGCUGCACCAGUACAGUCGACUUCCAAGGAGCCGGCAGCUGGGAAAAGUUUGUAAUGAAAAAAUUAAUAGGAACUAAAAGAUGUAAUUUUUUUAUAUUGAAUAAUGUAGCGUUGUUUCGCUUAGUACCUUUCUGAUAGAAAAGCAAAAUUUUUGAAAAGCUUUAAGAGGAAGAAACAAUGGAAACAUGGGAGAAUGGUGGGAAAUAAACAUGUAAGCAGACUGAACAGAUAUCAAAUUUUUUUCAAGUUUUUUUAAAUUAACAGCGCCUUAACAUAACUAUAUAACAUAAUUACUUGCCUUCAACAUUUUUUUCAGAAGCAACUAGUAGUAUUAAAAAGUUUUUUUAUUCGAAUCAGUUUUAUUCAAAUAAGAUUUUUCCCCUUGACAAAAACUAAUAUGAAAUGUUAUUUUUUGAAGGAAAAAAAUAAAUAUUAUUUUGAGGUUCGAAGCCCUUCUCGUUUUUCACAGACGAUGAGUUUGAUGAAGAGGAGACGGCUAAAAAACCGGCGAAUAAAGAGAAAUCGCCCAAAAAGACGGCGGAUAUUGCGAAAAGUUUGCUUAAAAGGGCUUUUUUUUAAAAUUGAAAGUGAGUUUUUUUUUUCCAGAAGAAACCCCAAUUUCAAACGUUCUGAAAGUGGUUUCUCCAAAUGGUACGUUCGAUUACCCAGAAAUUAAAAAUGGAAGCGAAAAAUUAAAGAUUUUCUGAAUAUCAACGGGAUUUUUUUUCAGCGUCAAAGCCGUUUUCUUUCGAUGUCUCGUUUGAAGAUGAGCCUACGGCUGGGACGUCUGAAAUCAAUAAGAAGUCUCCUGAAAAACCCCCUGAAAUGAAGAAAAGUGCGGUUAACUGGGAUUUUUGAAGUUUUGAAAAGGAUUUUUUUUUCAGGGGAAACUGCGACUUCGAACGUUUCAAAGACGGCUACUCCAAGUGGUACGAUUUUAAUUGGCGCAUUUUGAAGAAAGAAGAACUAUUCAAAUUUGGAACAAGAUGAAUGAAUUCUAGAUACAUUAGUUAUUGAGUAAAAAAAUUAAUUUUAAAGACCAAAUUUUUUUUAUUUUUGAAAAAAUCGAUCUUUUUCAAUAUCAAAAACGUGAACCGCAGAAAAUAAUUUCAUUGGAAAAUUUCCAGUUCCGAAGCCCUUCACUUUUGAUGAUUCUUUCGAUGAAGAUGAGACGCCUGGACCUUCGGAAAACACGAAAAAAUCGCCAAUAAAACUCCCAAAAUCGACGGUUUCGACUCCAACCGUUGCCAAAUCAAGUGGAAUAACUGGAAGUUCUACGGUUUUGAAACCUGAGGAGAAGCCUGGUGAAUUCGAGCUCUACACUUAAUUUUUUUCAAAAAAUAUAAAUUCCGACUUCUGAAUGCAAUUGGAUUUUCCGUAGUUGUAACUGAUCUUCACAAAAUUUCCUUACUUUAAAAUAAGGCAAUUUUUUUGUAGAUUUCAUUUUGUAAACCCUUCUAAAGUGGUUCAAAUUGAUUCAAAACCAUGUUUCAUAGCUCAAAAACUGCUCUUAAAAAAAUGUCUCUGAUUGGCUGAUGCAGACCUAGUUUUGAUGUUUUUAGGGGUCUAGACGUUUUUUUGAACUCAUUUUUGAUCAAAAAGUAUACAAGGAGCUUGAAAAAGUAAAAGAAAAAUAAUUCAGUCGUGAAACCGUCAGUUAAACCACAAAUGGAUGACUCGUUCGACGACGACAUAGUCAUAAUAUCGACAACUCCCAGGCCAAACUCGAAGAACGACUCGCAAAAAGGUAAAAAGAAAAAAUAGUUCAAAUAUAUUCUGAUAUAAAAUCUACAGAGAAAGUUACGAAAAAGAUUUUCCCAGCAUAAAAAUGGAAGUUUUUCAGCGGAAACUUCCAAAUUGAAGCCGAAAUCGACGCCGACGCCCCGCGGAAAGCCGCCAAAACGGACCAGAGACGAGAAACCGUUAAAAAAUGACAAGGAUAAGAGGUAUCUUAAGGGAAUUUUUGAGUCUGUGGUCUAAAAAUCCUUCCUUGAUUGUUUAAAGGAGCAUAUAGCUGAUUCACGGCUGCCUUGAGCCAUCGAAAAAAUGGUCCUGGCACGAUAAUGCACGAGAUAGCGCCUGGUUCGUGGAGAGCGCAGACAGGACACGCCCCUUUAGCGUCCCAAGCUGGCCAUGAAUCAGCUAUACCAAAUUUUUUUUCAAGAGUUUCAAGGCGAAAAGCCGUUCUCCAUUUAGAUUUAAAGCGUCGAGGUCUUCAAAAACAGGCUUGAUACGUACCAAAAAUCCGAUUUUCAGCUCUUCGACCAGUCCAAACGUCUCGAAAACCGACGGAAAUAUUCCGAAGAAGAAAAAACGGUUCAGCGAAAUUGUCGAUUCGAUGGAGGACAUUGAGUUUGAUGAUGAUUUCUAG